CAGUACAGCAUGGUGCACGUCACUAAAGGGGACAACACAUAGCCUGCAGCCAAGUGGACAGCAAUGGAACCGAUAAGACCAAACGCGAAACGCAUCGCAUUUGCGGAAGUGAGCGGGCGGGUGGGGCCUCGGUGUGCGCCGUGGAGACGCUAAUGUGACUACAGACGCCUUUAGGAUUCCGCGAAAUGAAGCGUUAUGUAUGACCCUACAAAGACCCGUGGAUAUUUUUGAGACCGGACAUUAAAUGGCGCUGCAGUUCGGAAAUAUGCGGGCAAUGUUGAAGGGACGCCUGACAUAGAGUUGAUAUUCUCUAAUUGUCUCGCGGCCAGUGAGUGGGCUAACUAACAGCAAGAGGAUUAGACUCCCGUUAACCGAUAUCAUAUGACUGGAGCAAUGUGAAACGCCGAUAUCGCUCGUUCCUUCCGUAUAUUGAGGAAUAAUAAUGAACAACGCGCAAGAUAUGUCUCCCGAUUUUGUCUUGAUGCGCCUGGUCUCCGCGGCCGAGGAUGACCGCUUGGAUGAGGAGAAUGGAAAUCUGUCGUCGGGCAGCGGACUGACAGUGCAGGAGGUCUUGGCUCAUGGGGGUAUUAAGGGUAACUUUGAAUGCACGCAAAAUCAAAUGGCCCGACACGGCCACAUUUCGGUGGUGAACAAAGCUUCGCAAGCCAGCGGAACGGAUGCACCUGACACUGGAGUGAUGGCGACUAGACCUUCGCUGUCUGUGCAGCCUCCGCCGCUUCACACAGCCGAGGCCCACGGGUACGAUCUCACCCACAGAGGGGGAAUGGGGCCUCAGCUGUUGGUAUUCAGAAACAUCUCGAGAGACUCCGAAGGAUUUCCUGAAAAUAAUUCGGAAGAUCAGCGUACAGUCAGGGUUUUCGAGGACCAAGCCUCCGAAUCUAGCGGCAGCAUCAAUAACAACAUGCUCUGUGCCGUGGACGCUCAGCAUCCUUCCGCGUGGACGCUGCAUCCGCAGCUCAAACUGCCAGCGGUUGCUACAAACGCGGAUGGAGCCGAGCUCUGCCACCGGCAUCGUUUAAUACCGGACAAUAAAGACUGGCCGCCGGUGGGGGAUAAAACCAACCCCGUUUCGAUGACGGAGCCCGGCUGGAGCUGCACGACGGCACAGCUGCAGCUCCAGCUUCCCGAAGGUCCCGUGUUGGAGCUGGCCAGGAAAUUCGGCGAGCUGGGAGUCGCUCCGGUACCCGAAUUUUUGCUCAAGGACGGCGAUCUCCCGCACUGCUCGUGUCAAAGCGUUCUCGGUUCGGCGGUGGCUGGAAUCAGGCAAGGGGAGGACCCUACCGAGACCAGCGAUGCUCUCUUGGUGCUGGAGGGCCUCGGGUCAGAAGAGGUGAAAGGCUUGGGCAUCAAUACCUGUCAAAAGGCUGAAUCGCUGAAUGCGGGACAGGGGGACGUGGUGAACGCGAUGCCGGGUGCGUUUGCGCUCAACUGUUUUCCGGCGGUGCUGUCCGGGCAAGCCAUGGGGGUGUCCGGGGGACUUUGCUCGCCGGCGUGUGGUGAAUCACGGCUGUGUUGUUUAUUGCGAGAUUCGGUAAACACAAGGGCUCAGGCUGAUGCCACAGACAAACGGACUCCCGAGGUUCUGUCGCCACCGUCAGUUAAAUCCCAGGCGGAACCCAACCAGCACACUCCGUGUUCCAGCCAGGCGUCCACUCCAAAGGCUCGGCAGGACAGGAGCGCGUCCCGUGCGCAUCUCUCCUGUGCGGCGAGCGGUGGAGAGAAGAUGCUCAAAGUACCGGGAAAAUCCAGGAAGGGGUCGCUUAAAAUCCGCCUGAGUAAACUUUUCAGAACUAAAAGUUGUAGUGGCUCUAACAACCUUUUGGACAAGAGACCUUCAGUUACGUUCUCCAUAUCCUCAGCAGGCAGUUUAGUUGACAUGUCAGGUGCAACCGGUGGAGAACAAGACGCAGGGAGCCAACCUCGACUAACAAGGGCACAAAGUGCCUUCUCCGCAGCUUCUUUUACUCCUGUUUUCACAGGAGAGACUGUGUCUUUGGUGGAUGUGGACAUCUCUCAACGAGGGAGAAACUCCCCUCAUCCUCCCACCCCUCCACCUCCUCCUCGACGGAGCCUCAGUCUGCUAGACGAUAUAGGUGGGCCACAGCCCGGGCCUUUCCUAGUGAGUGUAAUGGGGGCUUCCCUGCAGUCUCUCCCUCUGCCUCUUCCUCCUCCUCCCCCUCUCCACGCUACCAUCCAGCAUAGUCUCAGCCUCAAUGAUGCUUUCUUCCGGGCACUUCCUCAUUCGACCCCAUCACCAAUGGAGACUCCAGCCCCUGCCAGAUUGGCCCCGCCCCCGGUUAUGUGUCCGCUGAGAGGGGCCGAUUCCAGCAGCUUCACUGCCAGCUUGAGAGAGCUAGAGCGGUGUGGCUGGUAUUGGGGGCCAAUGAACUGGGAGGAUGCUGAAAUGAAGCUGAGAGGAAAGCCAGAUGGCUCAUUUUUGGUGAGGGACAGUUCAGACCCGCGAUACAUCCUCAGCCUCAGCUUUCGCUCGCAGGGAGUCACGCACCACACGCGCAUGGAGCACUACAGAGGAACCUUCAGUUUAUGGUGUCACCCUAAAUUUGAGGACCGCUGCCAUUCUGUAGUUGAAUUUAUUGAGCGAGCCAUCAUGCACUCUAAAAAUGGGAAGUUCCUCUACUUCCUGCGUUCACGUGUACCCGGGCUGCCCCCGACCCCUGUGCAGCUGCUCUAUCCAGUAUCACGCUUCAGCAAUGUGAAAUCACUCCAGCAUCUGUGCCGUUUCUGCAUCCGACAACUCGUCCGCAUAGACCACAUCCAAGAGUUGCCCCUUCCCAAGCCGCUCAUCGUCUACCUAAGGAAGUUUUAUUACUAUGAUCCAGAAGAAGAGAUGUACCUGUCAAUCAAAGGCAUGCGCCAGGCAGCAGGAGUAGAACAGGAAGCCGAAUCUGAAACAUAGCCGGAUCGGUCGUGUUCACUGAUUUCUGUGUGUGGAUAAUAGAUGGACCAGCGCAUGGACACCUCCUGGCGCACAGCUCUGCUCCAACUCCCUGCCAGUCUUCCAGCAGCAGCCAAUCAACAUCAGUGGACUGGCUCCUCCUCUUUGGCUGAAACUCGGACAGGGGGAGUUCAGAGGAGUGCUGGAAUACUGUCUAUGUUGAGCAGGCAAAUAAAUCCAGAGACUGAAAUGACUAAAAAGACUUGAAAUGUCACUGGACGGCAUAAAGUGGACUUAAAAAAUAAUAAGUUAAACAAAACGGUACAAGGACAUUUGAUUCGGGGUACUAGCGAAAGCCUUCAUCUGUUGGUAAUAUUACACUGGAGUUUUUAAACUGGCCAGUUUGUGAAUCCGUCUCUUGGUUUUGUUCUUCUUACUUUCCCCAUCAGGCCCUUGUCCCUGGGUGGAGUGUGUGACUCCUUUAUUUGUUCUUUCUGUAACUCCUUCAGUAUGAUCAGGCCACACAAACUGUAUUUUGAGUAAAAGACAAAGUAAACAUGAAA